CACAAACAAACAGCAGGUCAGCGUGUAGCUCUGGAAAAAAUAUCGUCGCAACAAGUUUCACGGGCCGAUAUAUUAGAAGCCGGAUUCGUAUCUCGUUCGAAAACAAAGUAAUAAAUAACCGAUGAAGUUCUUUCCACAACUGUGAAGUUCGACGAGUUUGUGAUCAGAAUCGAAGGAGAUAUUGACUUUUUGAAUUUCAUCGGUGAUCCGACUUGAGUGAGCGUAAUAACGCGUAAAAUGGCGGUUGCAUUUGAAUGCAACGGUUGUUGACAGUUUGGCAAGUUCGGUCGAAGGGUGCGGCGUGCCGUUGAUAUUCUAGCACUUAUUUCACGAGAUAAAUAAGUAUAUUCGCGUCGCUCUGAGCUCUCUGUCAGACGGGAAGCGUCGGGCUGCGAUUCGAAACGUGUGUGCUGAAAUUCUGAAAUUUCUGCCCAAAAUUGAACAAUGGAUCCCUUCACUCAGCGAAUGUUAGAACGUGCGAGAGCAAGGAGGGAAAAAUUAGACACGCAAUUGUCAAAUGCUGGUCAGGAUCUCAAAAAACGGCGGAGUCCACUGAAGGAUGCUAAUGCCAUUUUAGCACAGGUUCCAGUACUGGAAAAUCAUGCUGCGGCUAAAUCACCGGUUAAAGAUUCUCCAGUUAAACAAUCGCCGAUUAAAUCGCCGCGAAAGUUUUCUCCUACUAAAAUUCCUAUCUCAACUCAAGAAGGCAAAGAAUCCAACAAAGAGAAUGGACAGAAUCAAAUAUCCGGUGUCAGAUCCAAGCUACAUAGGCUGGGCAAGCUAUACUCUGAGGAUUGCAGCCGUGAAUUGAGUUCACCAAUUCACAGAACAGAGGAAAAAUUUGCAAUUGAAGAAGAGUCGACCGAUCAAAAAGCUGCUAAGCCAGGUGCAAGAUUAGGCAGACUUGCUGCAUUGGCUUCCACGAUAAACAAUUGGGAGGAUGACCUAUCUCAUCCAAUACUGACCAAGUCAGUCGAAACUAAAGCGUCAAAGGUUCAAGCUAAGUUCAAUGAACAAGCAAGAAACGGCAGCAGCGAGCCUCAGCCAAGUACUAGCGGAUUAUCUAAACAACCGAGUACAAGCGGGUUGUUGAAGCAUCAGAGUCCAACUGGAUUGUCAAAAAUGUCGAGUACUAGCGGGCUAUCCAAAAAGCCAAGUACGAGCAGCAUAUCGAAGCAAACCAGUUCAAACGUAGCAUCCAGCAGUAAUCAAGCUAGCCGAGGAAAAGGUAGCCCCACCAAGCAACUCAAAUGGGAUCAAGCUGUGCUCGAAACCCUGGAGGCUCAAGGUUUUACUCGUACUACCAGCAAUUCUCGCCUUGUGUAUGACUAUAAGGGUUGUUCCCAGGGAUCCAAUUCAGAUUCGGGGAAAUCGUCGGCCGAGUUGACGUGGUCGAAUAACGACCAGCAAUUAUCGGAUGUGGAUAGAAGAUCACUGCCUAAAGUGAUAUCUUCUACUUCGAAGUUUGAUGGAAAUCAUCAUAUAGAAGGAAAAAAACCGAGCGACGAUAAGAGCGCUUCUAGGAGUCCUACAAAAACCUCGCAUGCUAGCAUUAAUAAAAGUAUUAGAACACCAGAGAAUAAUACACAGAGUGUAAGCUCCAGCACGAGUAGUGACAGUAACCCUAUCCCGAAUACUUCGUUAGCUUCAAAAUUCGGCUAUUCUUCACCUAAAAGCCCGAUUCAGUCGCCAGGUUCGGUAUUGAGCAAGGCUUCCAUGUUCGAGUCUAAAGCCAUGGAACCCAAGAGGAAGGAUCCUGCCGAAAUGACCCUGUCUGAGAGAAUGGCUCUGUUCGAGCGAAACAAAGGAGAAGCUCCUCUGAUCCCCAAGGCACCGCUAUCAAUGUCUGUUUCCAAAAAGCAAUUGGAAGAGAAAGAUCCACACAAGUCGCAUCACACCCCUGAAGAAAAGCCCGUUUCAUCUGCGCACAGUAGAGCUGAUGUCUCGAGUAAGAAAGUGAUAGCUCAACGUGCUUUGUUUGAACACGGAGGUCAGACGCAAGAAUUGGAAAACGACAUUUUGCGAAAUUCGCAAAAUGAGAGACAACGAGAAUUGGAAAUGCUGAGGUCGCGGUUUAAUCGUAACAAAGAAAUGGCUCAAGCUGCCGCCGGUUCGUGCAUCAGGACUAGCGAAAGCAGUGACGGAAAGCCUAACUCCCCAAAAAACUCACCAGUUUGUCCGGUCAGACCAACACCUGCUUCGGAGACCAUCCCACCGCCUCCCCCACCUCCGCUUGGACAACUGCAGGACAGUGUUAGAAACGGUGAUUCAAUCGCAGUAAAAUCGUCUCCCGUUAAGAGACAGGUGGCUAGGAGUCUGCCGAAACCGCAGCAAAACAAGACUCAAUUGGACGUCAAACGAAUUCGAGUGUCUCCACCAAAGCCAGGACAUCUUUAUCCUAAUCUCUCUGAUAUCGAGCUGACAGAAACAGAAACUGAGGGUGAAACGGAAUACACCGUUGGGGAUACAGAAGCGGAAACUGCAACACUGGAUGAAAAGACAGAGACUGAAACAGAAGCGGAAUACUAUCUUGAGCAGGAAGAUACAGAAUAUGACAGUACCGAAGAAAGUGAAGGUAUUGGUAACACCAGCCUUGGAAGAAGCAUACUUAGAGUCGUAAGUCAACAGUCUGUCUUGAAUAAAAAGCGAUCGAUAGAUCCAGAUCCAGAUAGUACAACGUCAGACAUUUCCGUGCUGGACGAAAUGGACGAGUAUUUGGACGAGUGUUUAGCUCUUCAAGAUGAGCAAAACGCGGGUGUAGGAACGGAAGGACCAACUCCACCUAAAUUAAACCGCGCAGGAAAAAGUCCUUCGGCUACUUCGCACAGCUUCAAGUAUACUCAAGGGCAGUCUUACCGUUCUCCAAUCAAAAUCACAACGCCUGCAUCUUCACCAAGAAAAGGCGAACAAUAUGUAGUGGAAGGAGAUAAUCACUUGCCUUUGAUGCACAGCGUCAGCUUUUACAGAAGACAACAGUCUCAGACUCCAAAAACUCCCGUUCGUCACGUGACUCGAAUCCCAGAGCCAGAACUUACAACGCCCACUUCAUCGUCGCAAUUCGACGAAAGGGAUGAAUCUGUGCUUGUGCAAGAGAAAGUGAAGCGACUUCUAGAAGAGGUGUGCAAACAACAGACGGUGAUAAGCCAGGCAAGCCAGGCUUUGAACUUGUGCAAUGCUACUGUUGAAUUCAGUGGUUCUAGAGAACAAGUUGAAGGGGAAAGGCUGUUGCUUGUUGCCACUCACAGGCGGCAAGCUGCACUUCACGAGGUUCAGAGGUUGAAAGUAGAAGGAACAUUGAGGCCUGCUGUUCCAGGCUCACCGGAGCUGCAAGAAAGUGGCUCUUUGACCAUAUCCGCAAUAACGCUGCCCUUGAAACAGAAUUAUUUCCGCAACAUGGACGCACAAAACUGUUACCACUUCGUCUGUCUUGUACGUCAUCUGGAUCAUGUUGUAGCAACGCCUGUAGUCGUUGCCGAGCCUGGUGAUUCUUGUCUUCGUUUUUCGUCGACGUUAAAACUCCAGGAUCUUUACAGUGAUUUUAAAAUCACGCUCGAACUUUAUUCCCUUCAAACGAGGGCUGAAGUUCUUCCGCACGAGAUCAAGUAUCACAUUCAUAAUAGUAAAAAGACUUCCGGAAAAACGCCGAGGAAACUUUUGAAACAGGAAAGCCGAUUAAUGAUGCCUUCGGUUCAAAGUCCUGCUGGGCCGACUGCCGUGCGAUCGCCGGCUUUCAGUCUCACCGGUUAUGUCAUAUUCAGCCUGAGAGAAGUUCAGCGACAGCAGUGGACCCUCAAUAAAGUUCCACAAUCGUCUCCAUUAGAAGGACGACUUCAGAUGCACGUGUCAUGCGAACUUUCGGUUUCUGUUGAGCAUCGGGGAUUUUUGACGAUGUUUGAGGAUAUCUCUGGAUUUGGUGCAUGGCAUCGAAGAUGGUGCCUCCUCAAAGGUUCAGCGUUAUCUUACUGGAAGUAUCCCGACGAUGAACGCAAGAAAACACCAAUCGGAAGCCUGGACUUGCAAGGUGUUACAACAAUGAACAUUGGUUUAGUAUCACGGGAUAUUUGCGCCCGGCCAAAUACCUUUUUAUUGGAAACGACUAGGCCCGCUCAACAGGGUGACUCGGAAACUUUGGUCAUGGUGAGAAUGGGGCCGCAGACAACUAUAAGGCAUUUGUUAUCAGCUGAUACUAAGGAAGAGAGACUUGAAUGGUGCUCAAAAUUGAACAAGACAUUGAGCCUGAUGCGAGCCUGGGGUGGCACAUCAUCGUCAUGAUUGGGAUGGUUAUUUUGAAAAACAUCCGAUUGCCACAGGGGCUUUCGUAUAUUGUAAAUAUUUAUCAAUGAUGGAAGUUCUCUACAAAUAGAAUUAUCAAUUUUAAUAGUUCUCCAUCAGAUUCUCAUCUAUAUUCAGGCUGAUACUUCCAUAAUUUGCGGACAAAAGUGGCAUGGUUGUAUUAAAUUCAAUCCACAGUGUCAAACAUUGUGCCCUUUUCAUCGGAAAUUGUGCGUUCAACGCAUUCAAUGAUCAAUUUUUGAUAUUUUUUUUUAUCAGAUUUGCUAAUUGAAACUGAUUUCCGUUUCUUUUUGAAUUAAAGGAGAUAUUUCGAGAAAGAGUAAGAAUAUUUCAACUGUAGAUCACGAGUUAAAUAUGUUUUCUAUAUGAUUGACGUAUAUGUUCAUGGAUCAUCGUUGAUAUUGUUCAUUUUCUCUUCGCGUACUCUGAAAUAUCUCGUGAUAUUUUCGAACUCUUGAUAUCAACUAUUGUCACAGUAGAGCGAUGAUUGUUACAGCUAAUGAUGAAACAAGUCUUUGUUUAUUUAUUUAGCACUUUAGGAAAAAUAUGAUAGCCUACUUUUGGCCACAAUUUAUUCUAUCACACGAUCUUUUACAAUAA